UCACAGGCAAAGCUGACCCUAUUAAUUAGCCUUUCAAAUCCUUCUAGCCAUAUUUAUCCUACUCCAAUACUUUUUUGGUAAGAAGAACGUCUACUCCUCUCUGUUUGAGAUGUUAGUUAGACUUUUCAUCCAACCUAAAUACUCAAAUACUUAUACUUAGAUAAUGAUAGUCAGAUAUGGUUCAAAGUUAUUUCACUAUUUUAUUUGAAGAAUUGGUUUAUUUUGUCGAUUGCUGUCAUUUCGUUGCUAUUAAUAUUUUACCAAAAAUAUACUCUUUGUUAAAUGUCUAUUUUCAUUUCUAAUGCAAACUUAAAAUAUAUAAUUAUAAAUUUACAUAAAUAAUAUUUCUAAGUAGAAAGAGAAAUUUGUGUGAUGACUAGUAAAAAACUAGGACAGUACAUGGUAACUAUGAAACAAAACUAAUAAAAUCAAAAUAUAUGGAAUUAGUUUAAAAUGGAAUAUUUUCAUUCUGUUUAUUCAUAAUCAAAAUUGUAGAGGAAUGUUUAGAAAUGUUUUUCUUCGUUUUUUUGUAAUGUUAAUGUAGUUGAAAGAAUGAGUAUUUCAUUCUAUUUAAGUCAAAUGGUAAAACAAAAUGUAAUAAAUAGAAUUAGUCAUUCCACGUCAUUAUAUUUUAGAAAAUAAAUAAUUCAGUUGUAGUUUUUUUAAAAAUAAAUAAUUCAGUUGUAGCUUUAAAAAAGUUAAAAGAUAUAUAAUAUAAAUUUUAAUGUUGUCUGAAGUAUACUUGUUGAAAAAUACAAAAUUGAAACAGGAAAAUUAUUUGACAAGCGUAGUUGAAAAUUUUGAAAUAAAGAUAAACUAAAAAUUAAGAGAAUAAAAAUAUAAAUAUAAGAAUUAAAUCCAAAAAAAAAAUUGAACAAGCAAGAUAAAAGGUGGUUUUUUUUAAAUAGCAUACCAAAAUAUAUCUGCUUAGACACUUGUGGGCCCAACGCAGGGCGGCAGGGGAGUGAGAUAGACUCGGACACUAUAAAACUCAUGAACAAAGUAACUUGGUCCCUAAGACUCCACCAUAAUUGUUGCCUCUCAGUGUCUUUAGGGUUUUGUAACAAAACGAUCACUCUUCUCAUUAUCUCCAUCUUAUUCCAAUCGAUCACUCUUCUUGAAGAUUAACGAGCGAUGGAGAUUGCUUCGAGCAAUUUGAGAUACGAAACUAAAGAUGUUGGGUGCAAAUCAACCAGUUCCUCCUUGUUACACAUAAACCCUAAGUUGAGACGAGAUGGCAAGGAAAGGCGCGACGUUGUUAUGGAGACUACGAAGAAACGCAAACAUUCUGAUGAAGAAAAACCACCAGAGAAGAGACGAAAGAAGACCGUGGAAGCUCCUCUAAAGUCUAAGUUUACAGAACCGGUGCAAGCUUUUACGACCCUUCAUGUUACAAAGAGGAAGUCCAAGGUUAUUACAGCAAAACCAGGUGAUAAGACUGAGACUCAAGACCACAGUUUGAAAGACUUGAUAGUAAAGGCGCGAGAGAAAGUGCAAGAAAAGAGACAGAUCGAUCAUAGGAACAAUGACAUCGCAAGCCAGAGGAUAACUGCUCGGUUAGCCUUAACUCAGAUGGUAAAAACCGUUGAUUUCGAUGAUCAUCUUAAAUAUCACAUGGAAUUAGAGAAGCUAGGGUGUGAUUUCAUCAGUGAUCAAGUCAGUUGCUUGUACAAGUUCAGUCUCUUGUCAAGAAGCGACUACUACAUUGAUGAAUCUAACUCAGAGUAAAAGCUGAGAAGAAAAGUGUAGUUGUGAUCUGUCUUUUUGUUUUUAUUUGUUGUGUAAUAUGUAGAACAUGUCAAAAGUUUCUCUUUUCAGAUUAUAUAUGACAAAGUUUCAGAGUAAUUCUGUUUAUAAUAUUUGCAAAAGUGAUCAAGCUACUGUUAUUGCUACAAAUAGUAGCAACUCCAUAUACUUAAUACAAGUAGUAGCAACUCCAAAUACUUUGUAUAAAGAUGGAAUAGUGCAUGUCUUAGAGUUUCAAAUUUGCAUCAACAUUAAACAAAAUUCCCAUCAAACCAAACCAAAAUUAUUUGGUCAUGAAUUUGUGAAACCAAACUAUAUAUGCAGAUGCAAAAGGACUGCUCAGAUCUAGAUCCAAGUGUUACAACUGACUAUUAAAACUUCGAAUAAGAUUCAAGAUUUCAGUCAAAAUAUUUCAUAUUUCACUUGAUGACCUAUGAAAAGUUUGGAUAGUCUUUGUGGUAGUUUACUACUUUGAGGAGAGGAUUGCAGAUGCAGCAGUAACAUCUGCUAUCAGAGCAACUGGUUGACGAGCCUGAAGGCAAGCACCAAUGUCAAAAGGAUGCAACUCUGAACCAAUGAAGAUUCAGGCCCGCAUGAAGACAAAGGAUCUGCGAAGGUCCAAGGCCCGAGCUCGAUAAAAAUGACCCAUACUUAUAGCUUUGGACCCUUGUGUGUUAUAUUCGUGAUAAAAAAAAAUUUGUAGGCUUAUCCUAAAAUAUUUUUCUCUAUGAAUAUCUUUGAAUGGGUAAGAACUAAUAGAGACACUUCAUAAGGAUCUUCGUCUUUGAUUCAACAACACAUGUAUUUCUUUGCGUCUAUCUAUUUCUCUUGAUCAUUAAUUGAAACCAUAACUUUGUCCCUGAUUUCACCAAAGAUUUGUUGUCCCCUAAUAAUUACUUGACCUAAUAUUUUUGUGAUCACAUUCUAAUAGAUCUACUAACCAACAUGGGACCGUUAUGCUAAUAAAAAACGGUGUAAAGAAGCAUGAGUCUGGUAGUUUUUGGCUUCUCUUGUAUAUAUACAAGUUCUCAACUUCUGUUGUAAGUAUAUACUAGAUUUUGAUCCGUGCAACCGCACGGGUGUUUGUUUUCACUUUUUUAUACAUAAAUUAUUGUUUUAGAACAUAAGUGGUAUAUAUUUUUAAUGUUAAUCAUAUACUUAAAUAUUUAUAUAACUAUUUCAAAUACAAUAAUUUUAUAAUUUACAUGUUAUAAUUAAUUAAUUGUUUAAACCUUAUGUAUUUGCCACUUCUUAUU